AUGAAUAAUGAGGCGUCAACAAUUGGGAUAUGGGGAAUGGGAGGGACAGGAAAAACAGCUUUAGCAACUCUUGUGAAUAACAAGCUUUUAGAAGAAGCGGGUGAUGACUUUGACCAUAUUAUUUGGGUUACUAUGUCACAAAGUGAUAAUAGAGUUUACCAAUUGCAAAAAGCCAUUGCAGGAUCAAUUAAUUUGGACAUAUCAGAUGAGUGUGAUCUUAAAAGAAUAUCUGGGAAAUUAUUGCAGGCAUCCAGACACAUAAAGAGAUGUCUUCUCAUUUUAGACAAUGUUUGGGAUCCUAUCUUCCUAGAAGAGGUUGGAUUUCCUCUUUCAAAUGAUGGGAUUAAACUAAUCUUGACAACUCGUUCCUGGGAAGUGUGUCAAAAUAUGAAUUGCACGAAAAAAACAAUAAAUAUAAAGCCUUUAGAUGAAGAAGAUAGUUGGGAUUUGUUUGAAAAGACUCUUGGAAUCCAUCAAAUACAGUCAAGUAGAGUGGAGCCUAUAGCAAGGGCCAUGGCAAAACAAUGUGAGGGUUUGCCCCUUGCUAUUAUUACAAUAGCAAGAAGUAUGAGGGGGAAAGAAGACUACCUGAGGGAAUGGAAUCACAUGUUGGAAGGCAUGCUAGAGGAUAUGGAUGAGAGGAUAUUUUCAGCAUUAAAAUCAAGCUAUGCUUGCUUAAAUAAUAAAUUGCAAAGAUUGUUUUUGUACUAUGCAUUAACAGCCAAGGAAAAUGUCAGGGGCAGUGAUGUUGAGCUUUUGAUUAGGAGAUUUUUCUCCAUGGGAUGGACAGAUGAGACAGAUAGCUUGGAGAUGCAAUAUGAUGAAUGUUACACGAUGUUGCAUAAAUUAAAAAAUAGCAGCUUGUUGAUGGAAAAAAAUGGACGGUGGAGAAUGCACACCUUGUUUAGAGCCAUGGCUAUUAAUAUUACAAAGGAGACUGAGGAAAUUAUGGUGAAACCAAGUAGGAAUUUGGUACAAUUACCGGAGAAUGGAGGAUGGAAAGAAAAUCUGCAAAAAGUUUUCCUUACUGAAAGCAAUGUACAGAAAAUUCUAGAUGGCACAUCUCCCAAGUGCUCUAGACUCUCCACAUUGCUUUUGGAUUGCAAUUAUGAUCUUAAAUGGAUUCCGGAUGAUUUUUUAAGCAACAUGGUUGCUCUUGAAAUACUUGAUUUGUCUUGGACUGGCAUCAAGCGUUUACCUGAAUCUUUAUCCAACUUGGAUUGCCUCGUUGCUUUAUUGCUAUCUGGAUGUACAGAAUUGAGUUAUGUGCCCUCAUUAGCAAAGUUGCAAAGGUUAAUAGAGUUGGACCUUUCACUGACUGCCAUCACUGAAGCACCUGGUGGUUUGGAGUUGUUGGUCAAUUUGAAAUGUCUGAAUCUAGCUGACACAGAACAGUUGAAAAUGUCAUCAUCAGCAAUAUCCAAGAUGAUCAAUUUACUCUCUCUUAAGUUGAUGAACUGGAUCCCAGAUUCAAUGAAUGUGAGUGCACAAGAUCUGCAGGGUUUGAGAAAGUUGAAAGUUAUGUCAGUCAGCUUUGGUGAUACUGGGGAGUUUAAUACCUAUGUUAAGAGCCUGGACAAAGAUCAUAUGCCCAAAAGCUAUUGUCUGAGUUCAGCUAGGCUGUAUGAUCGUGCUUGCUUUGAGGGUGCACUAGAAGAAAAUAUGAAAAGGGUUGUUUUAUGUGGUAUUAGUUUGAGGAACAAAACAGAGCUUCCAGAAGACGUCAAAGAGUUGAUUAUAAGUGGGUGUGACCGUGGGACAGAGAAAACAUGCCUAUGCUCUGCUUUAUCAUUAUGUAAAAGUAAUGAUGAUGUGGCUGAAAUUGAAUGGUUGAACAUAAAGCGAUGCCGUAUGUGGCAGUCCAUGGGUUGUGCCUCUCCCGAUUGCUUGUUUUGCGGCCCUGUCCAAUUGGUAAGACUUUCCCUUGAAGAGGUGGAAGACUUGGAACAAAUACUGGCACCAUCAUCUGCUGCAGUCUUUUAUAGCCCAUUUCUUUACCUCAGAGAUCUCUAUAUUUCUGGAUGCAACAAAAUGAAGAUUCUGAUUACACAGGAAUUAUUUGGACAGCUCAAAGAACUAGAGACCAUUUUUGUUGAAUAUUGCGAGUCGAUGGAAGAAAUAGUUGAGGAGAAUAGUGGUAGCAUUGACCCUAACACUCUUCCUAAAGUGAGACGUGUGGAAUUAAUUGGUCUACCAGAAUUACGUUCCGUAUUCAGGGGAACCAUGCACUGUCCUUCUCUCAAAUAUUUUGCCGCCUACCAUUGUGAGAAACUAAGCAUCCCCCCUCAUAUAGAGAUCGUGCAAGGAUAUAAGCUUCACAUGGAGAAGACCCCAACUAGAUACUAUUGGAAAUGUGAUGAUCAGGUGAAUAUCUCCCCCAAAAUUUGA